AUGCCAGAACCAAAGAAAAUAAAGGUACUGGCUCUCUGUGAGCUCUGCCAUGGCCGUAAGGCAGUAAUGAAGAGACCCAAGAACCUUCAAAAAUUAUGCAAAGAGUGCUUCUAUAAGGUGUUUGAGACGGAAAUCCACAACACCAUUACGGAUGCCCAACUCUUCCAAAAAGGAGACAAAGUAGCCAUAGGGGCCUCUGGUGGUAAGGAUUCCACCGUUUUAGCUUCUGUGUUGAAGUUGUUGAACGAAAGAUACGAAUACGGCCUUGAGUUGGUCUUGUUGUCCAUCGAUGAGGGCAUCAAAGGCUACAGAGAUGAUUCCCUUGCUACCGUCAAGCGAAACCAGGUCCAAUACCAGAUGCCACUCGAGAUUAUCUCUUACAAGGACUUGUACAACUGGUCCAUGGAUGAAAUUGUUUCCUGUGCCGGUAUCAGAUCAUCGUGCACUUACUGUGGUGUGCUAAGAAGACAAGCUCUCGACAGAGGUGCAGCAAAAUUGGGCAUUAAUCAUGUUGUAACUGGGCAUAAUGCCGAUGAUAUUGCGGAGACGGUUUUAAUGAACAUUCUUCGUGGUGACACAGCCAGGUUGGAAAAGUCCACUGCCAUUUUGACUCAGUCUUCUGGCUCGCCCAUUAAGAGAUCCAAACCGUUCAAGUACUCCUACCAGAAGGAAAUAGUCUUAUAUGCCCACUACAAGAAGUUGGACUACUUUUCUACCGAGUGCACUUAUGCACCAGAGGCAUUCAGAGGAACUGCCCGAGAACUUUUAAAAUCAUUAGAGUCUAUUAGGCCCUCGUGCAUCAUGGAUAUCAUUUAUAGUGGAGAACUCUUGGUUUUGGCACCAAAGAAAAAGAAGACCACCAGAUCCUACAAGAAUAACAAGAAAAUCAGCACUGGAGAAACCGAAGUCAACGCCGACGGGUCUGUUAGCUUGAAGAGAAACGAAUUCAAAGACGGGAAUACCUGUGAAAAAUGUGGAUAUUUAUCCUCCAACAAGAUUUGUAAGGCUUGUGUAUUGUUGGCCGGUUUAGAAAUGAACAGGGCAAAGGUUUCUAUUGAAGGUAACGCUGCGGUUGAUGGUGCUGCCAAACUAGGGAAGACUUUGGAGCAACUUAGUUUUUGA